GACACUUCCUCCGUUGUGUAUUUUGCAGAUCCAAGCUAUUCAUAUGUAAACAUUUAGUACCUAUUACAAGAAAAAUUUUAUCACAGUCUGAAGUUGAUAUUGUGUUUGAGUGGUUAUACCGGACGUUUCCGUAACUCCCCAAAUUUUCAAGAUGCGUAUGUUCGUUUGUCUCUUUGGUAUCCUGAUAUUACAAUCUUUAGGAAGCUGUGAAUUCCAUGUGAGAUCACCCCGUAUAUCGAUGAGAAGCCCCGCUUUAUCUACAGAAAAAAUGAUAUCACCGUUUGACGAAACCGAAGUGAAAAAUUCUUCCAUCUUAAAAAGAAGAGAACACUUGAUUUUAGAUUCCGAUGGAUAUAAGAGAAAAACUCUGCCAGUAUCUGAUAUUGUGGACAAUCUAUACUAUGUCGAUCCGAUUUUGAAGGGUGACUUCCAUGAAGCCUGGUUUUUCUGCAAGGAAUAUUUCAUGGAAGUCUUAUCAGUGGAAGAUUCAAAUGAACUACAGAAUAUAGCGUACUUUAUGACGGUAGAAAAUGAUAAUAAAUUUGAUAAUAAAGUUUCAUUCUACACGUCAGGGAAAAGACUGAAUAAAGCAGGCUUCUGGAUGUGGAUGGAUACUGGGAAACCUGUGAAUAGAGAUAUCAUAAUUGAAAAUAGAAUGUCAGGAGAUUGCAUGAUUCUCGAGUACGAUUUUAGUACUAAUGAAGCUGUUUUAAAAACCGAUAAUUGCAACUCAGAGUUGCACAUUAUUUGUAAGUCAAGAAAACAUAAAAAUACGUAGAAUGGAAAAAUGUUUAUAUCAUAUUUUUUAGUCUUUUUUUGUCAGUUUAACGAAUAAAAUGUUUUUUUACUUCACAUA